UUUUGGUUAUGUUUGUUGCCAUUAUGUGAGUAAGGGAUUGUUAAACAUCAGAGUAAAUCCUAAUCCAACAGACCCCUAUGCGACUCUACCCACCUGGAAUUGAAAGGUGACACAUCUCUCUCCGAUUUUCUCUCUCCGAGUUCCCAGGUACACUCACACUCACAAUCUCUCUCAUUCACCAUUCACUAAGCUGAAUAACAGAAGAAAUGUUUGAAAAACCCUAGUUUUCAAUAACAGAUUCAUUCCUUCCCAUUUGGAUAAAUGCAGAAGCUCUUGAAUUCCCGAGGAAUCUUUCGUUCUGACAUAAAGCAUUGGAACAUAGACACUUUACACAGAGAAUUCUCAUCCUUGCAUAAUGGAUCUUCUUCCGGAGCGGAUAGUAACUCUAGUCCUGUCAGCGACACAACUAAUCAGGCUUGCACAAGAAUAAAGGAUGUGAGACCAGUAGUAGAUGAGGUUUGCCGCAUUUUGGGAAGUGGAUAUUGGGGACAUGAUAUAGAAGAUGGUCUAUCUUCUUUGGACCAGAAACAUCAACCAGAAUUAGUUAAUGGAGUCUUGAAGAGGUUCGAGAAUGUCAAGUUAGCAAUGAAUUAUUUCAGAUGGGUUGAGAAGAAAACUGGCCAAGUGCACAAUGGGGGAGCAUAUGAUGCACUUCUCAUGGUAAUGGCUCGGAAUAAAGGUUUUGGUGAUAUGGAACAGAUUUUGGAGGAGAUGAGUCUUGCUGGAUGUGAUCUCUCAAAUGAUAGCUGCAUUGAAUUAGUUACUACUUGUAUAAAUUCCAGAUUGUUUAGAGAAGCUUUCAAUCUAAUACAAAUUAUGCGUAAAUAUGGAUAUCGUCCUGCCUUUGCGGCUUAUACUAAGCUGAUUGGUGCCCUAGCGGCGUCCCAUGAGUCGGAUCUUGCGCUCUCCCUUUUUCAUCAGAUGCAGGAAGUAGGCUAUGAAGUGAAUGUGCCUUUAUUUACAACUGUCAUUUGCACAGUAGCAAGGGAUGGCCGUGUGGAUGCUGCUCUCUCUUUACUAGAUGAGAUGAAGAACAAGUCUUUUACUGCUGAUAUAGUUCUUUAUAAUGUUUGUAUUGAUUGCUUUGGCAAGGUUGGUAAGGUGGAUAUAGCAUGGAAGUUCUUCCAUGAGAUAAAAACACAAGGCCUCGUGCCUGAUGAUGUGACUUAUACAAGCAUGAUUGGAGUCCUCUGGAAAGCAAAUCGGUGUAAUGAAGCUGUGGAUCUAUUUGAAGAAAUGGAGGUUAAUAGAAAAGUGCCAUGUGCUUAUGCGUAUAAUACCAUGAUAAUGGGUUAUGGUUCUGCCGGAAAGUUCGAUGAAGCCUACAGAUUACUUGAGAGGCAAAAAGAGAAGGGUGUUAUUCCCAGUGUAAUUGCUUAUAAUUCUAUCCUUACUUGCCUUAGGAAGAAGGAAAACUUGAAUGAAGCUUUGAGGAUUUUUGAAGAGAUGAAGACCGAUGCGAAACCCAAUCUCCAAACAUAUAAUAUUGUCGUUGACAUGCUUUGCAGGGAAGGAAGAGUUGAGGCCGUAUAUAAAUUGCUAGAUGCCAUGGAAGGAGCCAAAUUGUUUCCCAACGUGAUAACUGUGAAUAUAAUGAUUGAUCGAUUAUGUAAAGCACAGAAACUUACUGAAGCUUGCCAAAUCUUCAAAUCCUUGCACGAGAAACAUAUUACCCCCAAUGACUUUACUUACUGUUCUCUUAUUGAGGGUUUGGGCAGACAUUCUAAGGUUGACGAGGCUUACAAUUUGUUUGAAGAGAUGAUAGAUGCUGGCCAUAAUCCAAAUGUUGUUGUGUACACCUCCCUGAUUAGAAACUUCUUCAAGUGUGGUAGGAAGGAGGAUGCACACAAGGUUUACAAAGAAAUGACACGCAAUGGGUGUCCUCCAGAUCUCACCCUGCUGAAUACCUAUAUGGAUUGUGUUUUUAAGGUUGGUGAAACUGAGAGAGGCAGAGCUUUAUUUGAGGAAAUUAAGUCUCGGGGUUUCACACCAGAUGUACAGAGCUAUUCGAUACUUAUUCAUGGCCUUGUAAAGUCUGGAUUUGCACGAGAAACAUAUGAGAAGUUUUAUGCAAUGAAAGAGCAAGGGUUGGUUCUCGAUACUCGUGCCUACAAUGCUGUUAUAGAUGGGUUUUGUAAAUCAGGAAAGGUAAAUAAAGCGUACCAGCUACUGGAGGAAAUGAAAGCCAAGGGUCACCCGCCAACCGUAGUUACAUAUGGAUCUGUUGUAGAUGGACUUGCUAAAAUUGAUAGGCUUGACGAAGCUUAUAUGCUCUUUGAAGAAGCAAAGUCAAGAGGAGUGGAGUUAAAUGUAGUUGUAUAUAGCAGUAUAAUUGAUGGGUUUGGGAAAGCUGGUAGGGUAGAUGAGGCUUAUCUGGUCAUGGAGGAAUUGAUGCAGAAAGGCUUAACACCUAAUAUUUACACCUGGAACUGCCUUCUUGAUGCUUUAGUGAAGGCAGAGGAGGUCACCGAAGCCCUAGUGAUAUUUCAACAAAUGAAAGAUUGGAAAUGUCCUCCCACCAACGUGACAUACAGCAUCCUCAUAAAUGGUCUUUGUAAGAUUCGAAAGUUUAAUAAGGCAUUUGUGUUUUGGCAAGAGAUGCAGAAGAAAGGUAUAAAGCCUAAUCUGAUUACCUACACUACCAUGAUCUCAGGGCUCGCAAAGGUCGGGAAUGUAAGUGAGGCAUAUGCGCUUUUCGAGAAGUUCAAAUUGAAAGGCGGUGUUCCCGAUUCUGCUUGUUAUAAUGCUAUUAUAGAAGGCCUGAGCAAUGUCGGCAAAGCCAUGGAUGCAUACACAAUAUUCGAGGAAACACGGUUAAAAGGUUGUAGCAUCAAUACAAAGAGCUGUGUUGUUCUUUUGGAUGCAUUGCAGAAAGCUGAAUGUCUUCAGCAGGCGGCAAUUGUUGGUGCUGUACUCGGGGAAAUGGCAAAAUCUCGGCAUGCUUCAAGAUUGUUGUAACAUUAGUUUAAGGAUUGAGCUUGGAACUUGAUUAUUCUCAUGUUAUACAAGGGAUGUUCGUUACAGUAAAGUGGUCAUGUGCUCUGAACGAGACACAUCUGAUUUCUUAAUGAGGUUGACAGCAUGUUAUGAAGACAUGAAAUUAAGAGAACAUGAAUUCAUGUAUAAGUGGAUACAAGUACAGGGCAAACUGGGAUGGUCCACAUACGAAGGACAAAGAGCGGUGUUGGUACUUGCUGCCAGCAAUAGAGAAUUGGAUCUCGAUGAAGCCAUCAAAGGAGGUUUGCCCAAAGAUUAAUGGUUAAGGGGGUGCAAUAUCAAUACAAAGACUUUAUUUAUUUAUUUUUGAUAUAUUGCGCGAAGCUGAACACCUUUAGCAGGCGGCAAUUCUUGGUGCUGUGCUCUGCUCUGGGAAAUGACAAACUCUCAGCAUGUUUCAAGAUUGUUGUAGACAUUUGUUUAUGGAUUGAAUUUUAAUUUGUUUAA